GAGCGCGAGAGAUCAAAUAGAUCGGUAGAUCAUGGUCACAUGAUUGCACGUAUGAGGCAAUCGUGGUGGAGAAGCCUUAGUGUGAGUCGUUGCUUGUCGUGUCUUUUCGCUGCUGUCUUCCGAAAGGGCAAUUUUCUGGCUCUGUUGGAAAUUCCCACUCAACCCACCGCCUUACCAAUAUCAAUCUAUC